GUACGCAACUUCCGGUUGCAAAAGAAAAGUGAACUUCCUUGAUAUUUAAUUGUCAAUACACAUUAACAUUCUUUGCGACAUUUGUCGCUAAAAAUACACAUAAUAAAUGAAAGAAACAAGAUAGCGAAAUGUCAAAUCAAAGUGAACUUACUAAGCUAAGUGACGAGAGUUUGGCGCGGCAGCCAGAUGAAGUGUUCGAUAUUAUUUGUAAAAUAGGGAGAGGGACUUCUACCGAUACAUCUCUUAAGAAACUGAGUGAGGACCACCUAGCCAAACCGCCCGAAGAAGUUUUUGAUUUACUGGGCAAGCUGGGCGAAGGGUCCUAUGGCAGCGUAUACAAGUCGUUACACAAGGAGUCUGGUCAAGUGCUGGCCAUUAAACAGGUGCCUGUGGACACUGACCUACAGGAAAUCAUCAAGGAGAUCUCCAUCAUGCAGCAGUGUGACAGUCCCUACAUCGUCAAGUACUACGGCAGCUACUUCAAGAACACAGAUCUAUGGAUUGUCAUGGAGUACUGUGGGGCAGGUUCUGUGGCAGACAUCAUGAAGCUCAGGAACAAAGUGCUUAACGAGGAGGAGAUAGCCACUAUAGUAUAUUACACACUGAAGGGCCUAGAGUACCUUCACUCCAAGAGGAAGAUCCACAGGGACAUCAAGGCUGGAAACAUACUUCUCAACACUGAGGGUCAUGCUAAGCUGGCUGACUUUGGCGUCGCAGGGCAACUCACUGACACUAUGGCAAAGCGCAACACUGUGAUAGGUACUCCAUAUUGGAUGGCCCCAGAAGUAAUACAGGAGAUAGGGUAUGACUGUGUAGCAGACAUAUGGAGUCUAGGAAUAACAGCGCUAGAGAUGGCAGAAGGCAAGCCUCCGUAUGGAGACAUACAUCCAAUGAGGGCAAUAUUCAUGAUACCUACAAAACCGCCGCCAUCAUUUCGUAACCCAGACAAAUGGUCGCCGGAGUUUAUAGACUUUGUGUCAAAGUGUUUAGUGAAGAACCCAGAGCAAAGGGCAACAGCCGUAGAGUUAUUACAGCAUGAGUUUAUACGGAAUGCAAAGCCAGUGACGGUUCUACAGAAGAUGAUACAUGAAGCCAAAGAGAUUCAGGAGGAGCAGACAUUGAAUACAGUCAAUGGUGACGACUCAGGUGAUGAGGAUACAGUAGAAGGGGGCACCAUGGUUCGUAACGAUGACGGGACCAUGAAAAUAUCUCAGCCAGGGUCAGGCACGCUACAGUCGGAAAGUGGCACAGUGAUAUGUAACAGCAGCGCGGCAUCCACCAUGGUGGAGUCUGACCUCGGUACUAUGGUGAUCAACGAAUCUGACGAAGAGGAUGACGGCACCAUGAAACGUCAAGGGUCAAUGGUGUACAGUGGAAGUACAUCUUCAAGCAGUUUGGCGAGUGUGUCCAGCCUUGUCCGGCACAGCACGGGUACAGGGGGUAACAACGAGAAGUACCGGCCCUCGUACUUGGACCACUUUGAGAGGAAGGAGGCGGACCCUAGCAGCCCCAAGUCCCAGCCUCAGGCCCCGCCCUCCUCCCAGCCCCUCCCACAGAGACAGGUGACCCCGCCCCACCACUUCCAGAGGUCACUUAUUGACGGUGACUUUGAGUUUCUGCGUAACCUAGCCUACGAUGAAUUAGAGCGUCGUCUGGCCGACCUUGACCCUGAAAUGGAGCGGGAAAUAGAUGAGUUGAAGGCGCGAUUCCAGGCCAAGCGACAACCCAUCCUCGAUGCCAUAGACGCCAAGAAGAAACGGCAACAGAACUUUUAGUAGCUGUAUUGGAAAUCACACGGUGCUCCCAUUGUUGUACAAAUAUUUUGUUGAUUGAAGCUGUGGUAUCAUACAAUGUUUUUAUUCGGAUAUCAUAUAUUUUCUGUGAAGAAGAAUUCUCUGUUAAUUCCAUAGAUCUGUGUAUUAAGUUCAAGGAUUAAAUGCAAAACUGUUUUAUCUGUGUUACAUUACUGUUUCAGAUACUAUAGGUUCGCACUCAAUGCUUGCAAUAAUAACCGAGUGUCCUCUUUAAUAGAAUGGUUCAUCACAUUAAAGCAAUCUGAUCUAAAAGAUCAUUGAUUAAUACAAGGUGACAUAUUUUAUGAUAUACAUUAAUUUAUAGUUUAGAAUACAUUCACUCAGUUUGGUCUUGUAUUUUCUGCAAAUAUGUUUGUUCUGAUUUAUCUCUUGAAAUCAAAAGUCAUCAAUUAUUGUCCAUCUGUAAUACUCAACAUUGAGAUACAAACAUUAACAAAUUAGUUAUAUGACCGUUCUCAGGGGCCAAAAAAUAAGUACACUUAUUGAAUACCUCUUAGUUUAUAAGUUUGUUGCUAUAUGCCUUGCCCUGCUGCAGCAAAAUUAUCCUUGACUAAAGACUUAAUAAAAUGGUGUCCAAAAUAUAUAAACUAGUCUCUUGGAAAAUGGCACUUUCUGUUUGAUAGAAUAUUUUGUUUAAAAGAAGUCUUUUCGAAACAAAAGUCAAGUAUAUGCAAAAAGUGUUGUUCCUUAUUAGCCAGAAUAGACUGAAUAGACAGCGCAGGUAAUUUGGAAGGUUGCUUUAUGUGCGUGCGUGCGUGAAGCAUUCUUUUCUGUCAGACCAGCAGAUAUAUAGGAGGACAAAUUCACCCUGUUUGGAUGCCUUGUACCUAACAACGAAAGCUAAUUACUAGUAAGCAAAUUGAGAAUUUUAGAAAUUGUUGGUUUUACAUACAUGACCACAUAGUUGCCAUCUGAGGAUUUCAAUAUAUCUUGGUCUGUCCUCCCAAAGAAGAUAUUGCACAAACAUUAUAUUGACGUUUACAGUCUUCCCUCGCUGUUGUAAAUCAAAUUCUGCUAUGCGUUUUGUCUAUGAUACUCGCAAUUUUUCAUUAAGAUAUGUGUGUCAAAUGUUAUGUACCCAAUUGAAUGCUUGGCUAGCUUUUGGUUAAAGAUAUACUUUAAUAAUUCUUUUAGUUCUGAAAUUAUAAACAUCAUUUCCAAACACUAAAUACAUGUGGAAUUUCUGUUCAAUUUGUAAUUCAAAGGCCUGAAGAGCUUAUGUCAUGGGGUGGUUUCCGUCAUCCGUCUGUCCGUGCGUUAUACUUUUUCUUGUUUACGCAAUAAAGUCCACAUUUUUCACCGGAUUCUUUUCAAACUUGUUCAUUGUCUUUAUAUUAAUGAGGACGCGAACCCUAUUGAAAAUGGGUUACAUCAGAGUAAAAAGUCCAGAAUUAUCUCCCCUUGAAUUUGAGAAAAUUGUGAAAUCAGGCUUGUUUACGCAAUAAAGUCCACAGUUUUCAUUCAAUCAUUUCCCAACUUGCACAGUGUCUUCAUCUGAAUGAUGGGUCAAACCCUAUUGAAAAUGAGCAAUAUGGGAGUUAUAAGUCCAGAAUUAUCUCCUCUUGAAUUUGAGAAAAAAAUGAAAAUCUUUAAUAUUUGCCAUAACUUGCAAUAUUGAAGAUAGCAACUACAUAUUUGGCAUGCAUGUGUAUCCCAUGGAGCUGCACAUUUUGAGUGGUGAAAGGUCAAGGUCAUCCUUCAAGAUCAAAGGUCAAAAAAAAAAUCAAAGCGGCGCAGAAGGGGACAUAGUGUUUCAGACAAACACAUUUCUUGUUUGUUUACAUAUAAAGUUCUAUCCUUUUGAAACUUCAACGGAUGUUUUAUAUCAUCAAGGGCCAGAACCCCAUUGAGAGUGAAGAAAAUUUGUCCAACUUAUUGUUGAAAAGGAGCCAUUUGAAGUUUAAAUUUUACGUUUCUUAUUUAUGCGAUAAAUUUUCCAUUUUGGGUCUGUUUAUUUAAAACUUACUUACUCAGAUUUUUCAUACUAUCCAGCCAGUAGAGCGAUUCAGGCCGUCAUGGGCCUCUUGUCUGUUUAUAGUACAUAUUAUUUUUCAAGUUUUACCGGAUACAAUUCAUGCUGGACGUUUUUUGAAAGUCUUCCAAUUGUUAUUUAAAACAUAUCAGGACUGCGGGCUUUUCCCCCAGGCAUUUUCAGCACAUCGGUCCCUUGGUGCCUAGACUUCAAAUCAUUUUUGCCACAGUGCUUGUUUUUCCGAUCAUGUCUUAAUGUUUGUUAUUUAAUAUUAUAAUGUAUAAUGAAAUAAAUUGGGUAAAAACAAGUACAAAUAUAACAAAAAUUAGUUUUAAUAGCUCUAGAGAAAAUGUAUCAUUUGAUUUGGAACAUGUAGACAAUGUUUAUUUUUAAAAUCUCUAUGCGAAAUGCCUGACCCCCCCCCCCCCCCCCCCCCCCCCCCACUUUCACACCAAACCUCUGCAGCGCUGCCUUGCCGCUGUGCCUGGCUAAAAUCCUUGGGAAAUGCCUGGGUAUGAUAAGUAUCAUAAGAAUGUAUACUUUGUCUCAAACAUUCAAGCCACACACCCAAUUAAUUGUUCCGAAAUUUUCUAGUCACAAUUGUAACUAAUGUCAUCCAAACAAACGAUUUUAUUGUCAUUUAAAUUUUAAACAAAUUGUAGUCCUGUUCAUUGUACUUGAGCAAGCUAAUACUUGUGUAUCAACAUGUCAGAUUUAAGAAUGAAGUUCUUGCUUGCCCUGUGAUUGAUAACUGUAGGUUAGAAACCAGUAAAUUAAAUUAUGAUGCACCCUUAUUGGAUUGCAGAAAAAGAUACUGCCAUUGUUUACAUUGAUCAUUUCUAUGUAAAGUAGUUUUUCUCUUCAAUAUUUCUUAAAUGAUAAUAAUAAAAGAAUAUAUUAUUUCCAAGACGAUAUCUCGUUAUAUUCUAGUCAAGAAAACUAGUAUAUACACAAAUUAAUACUUAAUUUCUACAAAAGCUUUAUACUUUCAAGUGGGGUUAUCAAGGGUUACACAAAACUUGUAUUUACUGGUAUCUAACCUUCAUGGAGGCUAAAGAGUUGUUGUUGAGUUUUCACUGUAUAUAGUGUGUAAACAUUUAGCGUGUUUGUAGAUUUGUGCAAUAAUGUUGUAGUAGGAACAAGGACAAAGUUAUAACUAUAUUUAUAGGCUUAGUUAAGUUAACCUAGAGCUUCCUUGCUGUAAAGAUGUAAUUUUUGUAUGCGUGCUAUGUGUUCUUCUAUUGCAGUAAUUUUUGUUCUGUUCGACAUUGUCAGAACCUGAAUUGCAAUACUGAAAGUGUUUUUCUUAAUUUACAAGGGUAUUUACUAAUAUGAUGAUAAAAAAUUCAUACCCUGGUAUAUGCAUGUGCAAUGUAAAAAAUCAAUUGCAAAAUAUUCAAUUACUGUUUAAAUUGUUAUCUAGUGGAGCAUUUUUAUCCCAAUGAAAAUAAAACACAUGUACUUUCAUUUUCUCUUUAUGCUUUCUGCUAUAAGCUCAGCUGUUUUCGGAGAAAACCCGAGGUAUUGUCGUAGCGAGCUCGUCGUGUCCGCUGUCCAUGUCAAGGUUUGUAAUGGUUUUUAACAUUAACUCUUAAAUCAAAGUCCUUCCACCUACAACUUUGAAACUUCAUAUGUAGAUGCACCUUGAUGAGUUCUACACGCCACACCCAUUUUUGGGUCACUAGGUCAUAGGUAAGGGUCACUGUGACCUCUAAAAAAAAAUAAUCUGACAAGCUCUCGCAGCCGAGCGUGGUACCCGUCAGUCGGUGCUCUUUUAAUUAAUAUAGAUAUAGGGCGGAAUAAUAAUUACUGCAGUAGGGUUAUGUAUUAGAAAAACUUGAUCUGCAAUGCAGUGCUUUCAGUUUGUUUUGAAGCAAUUAUCAAAUGUACUAUUGAACAUGUGUUUUCAUUGCUUUUGAUGAGUUAUCUGAUCUAUGAGUGUGACCUGCUACGUUUACCAAUAGGAUGUAGCCUUGCAUUUUGUUAUUGCUUACAGCUUGUUGUACUCCUCAUGUAAGUUACUUCCCACUUCUUUUAUGUCCACUUCCAGCAAAACCUUCCAGAAUAAAAUUAAAUAAUUCUAUUUAAAGAAAAGCUUCUGCGUGUCCAUCAUGUUGAAUCUCUCGAUAUGACUGGACUGUAGCCCCAUGUAAAUUCAAUCUGGAAGGUGUAGAAUAAAUCUCUUCUCCAAAUCAGUUAAAUCUCAGUGAGAAUGUUGCAAACUAGCUUAUUGCUUCUCAUCUACAGCAUAGAACUAUAUUGAAAUUCACAAUAUGGAGUAUACAUUUUCUUAUUGAGAUUGAAAGACAAUAUGGUCGCAUUAUAUGUAUCAUACAAGUAUAUUUGUAUAGUCAAUGUACAGUAUUAAAUGUGUUUUAAGGCAUUACAUUUUGAUGCGUAGCUAUUUAAGGAAGUUUCAAACUGAUUUACAAAGUUAAUUUCAGGCAAAUUAUUGGCCUAUAAACAUUGGUUCAACCUCUUUUUAGAUAAAUUAAACGUACAGUGUGAGCCAAGGACAGGAAUUGUUAGGAGCUAGAGUUUACAAGCUGUGAUUUAUUAUUAAGCAAGACACUAGGGUUAUGUGUGUUUUAUACACUUACCAUAUCUAAGUGGUAAAGGGUUAAGUAAGACCCUAGGGGUAUGUGUGUUCUAUACACUUACCAUAGAAGUGUAUGCAUGCAUGUUAGUUUAUUUAGAAGAAAGUUGUCGUUCUGGAUUGUUCAAAUUUCAUUUAUGAUUAUUGUACAUAAGAUAUUUGGAUCAUGUUAACAGUGUAUUGAUUGUUGUGUGAUUAACACAUUUUAUUUUGGGCUUGUUUUUUGUUUUAGACAACUUAUGAAAAAACUUAAUUGAACUUUUUAUCAGAUUUGUUGGCUUGUUUGUUGAGAGUUUUGAUUCUAAUUAAUUAAAAUUCAGAUAGUGAUGUAGGGUGAGGCCAAACCCUUAUGUUGAAUGGAUUUUGGAUGGUUUGAUUAUCAGUUUUGCUUAACACAUUUAUGCCUAGAGGACUCUCCCAUCCAUCUAAAUUGGAUCUAUUUAUUUCCAAUAUCAGGGAUGUCUAGUAUAUUUAUGCCCCCUUCGGUGAAGAGGGGGUAUAUUGCUUUGCACAUGUCGGUCGGUCUGUCAAUCCAUCCACCAGGUGGUUUCCGGAUGAUAACUCAAGAACGCUUGGGCCAAGGAUCAUGAAAGUUCAUAGGUAGAUUGAUCAUGACUCGCAGAUGACCCCUAUUGAUUUUGAGGUCACUAGGUCAAAGGUCAAGGUCACAGUGACCCGAAAUAGUAAAAUGGUUUCUGGAUGAUAACUCAAGAAGGCAUACGCCUAGGAUCAUGAAACUUCAUCGUUAGAUAGAUCAUGACUUGCAGAUGACCCAUAUUGAUUUUGAGGUCACUAGGUCAAAGGUCAAGGUCAUGGUGACCAAAAAUAUAAAAAUGGUUUUCGGAUGAUAACUCAAGAACGCAUAUGCACGUCUAGGAUCAUGAAACUUCAUAGGUAGAUUUAUCAUGACUCGCAGAUGACCCCUAUUGAUUUUGAGGUCACUAGGUCAAAGGUCAAGGUCACGGUGACCCGAAAUAGUAAAAUGAUUUUCGGAUGAUAACUCAAGAACGCAUACUCCUAGGAUCAUGAAACUUCAUAGGUAAAUUGAUCAUGACUCGCAGAUCCCUAUUGAUUUUCAGGUCACUAGGUCAAAGGUCAAGGUCACGGUGACCCUCAAUAGUAAAAUGGUUUUCGGAUGAUAACUCAAGAACGCUUUUGCCUAGGAUCAUGAAACUUCAUGGGUAGAUUGAUUAUUACUCGCAGAUGACUCCUAAUGAUUUUGAGGUCACUAGCUCAAUGGUCAAUGUCAUGGUGACCCGAAAUAAUUAAAUGGUUUCCGGAUGAUAACUCAAGAACGCUUACGCCUAGGAUCAUGAAACUUCAUAGGUACAUUGAUCAUGACUCGCAUAUGACCCAUAUUGAUUUUCAGGUCACUAGGUCAAGGGUCAAGGUCACGGUGACCCGAACAGUAAAAAUUUUUCCAGAUGAUAACUCAAGAACGCUUUUGCCAAGGAUCAUGACACUUCAUAGGUACAUUGAUCAUGACUCGCAGAUGACCCCUAUUGAUUUUCAGGUCACUAGGUCAAAGGUCAAGGUCACAGUGACAAAAAACGUAUUCACACAAUGGCUGCCACUACAACGGACAUUCCAUAUGGGGGGCAUGCAUGUUUUACAAACAGCCCUUGUUAUUUCUAUAUUUAGAAUAUUUCUUACAGAAAUUCCUUUUAGCAAACAGCGUAGACCCUGAUGAGACGCCGCCUCGUGUGCUGUUUGCCAAGGCCUUUUUUCUAGACACUAGGCAUAAAUGGGUUAAGACUUGUUUAUUUUUAGGAUGCUGUCAUCGCACACGUAAAAUUGGUCAAUAUGGUGAAUUUGGUCAUAAUUAUAUAUUUUGCAGUUUUUAAAAAAAUGUAUGUUUUUCUCCUCAAAUCUAAAUUUUAGUCUUGCUAUGUUAUAUCCAAACUUUGAACAUUUUGACCUAAUGUGUCGGUAAAAAAGUUAACUCAUUGUACAGCAAGUGUAAACAUUUCAGUUUGUCUAUAAACAGUUAGUUAUAUUGUGACAAGGUACUUUCGGUUUUAUCUUUACUUAGGUAUGUUUUGGUGUUUUGACCAUGCCACUUUUGGACAUGGCACGUUUUAUCAUAAUCAGGCUAAAUUUCGAUGUGUUUAGUAUGUUAAUUGAUCCGUUUAUCGGACCAUGUUUCAAUUAUUACCCAUUUAUCAGUCACUGUAGCAUAUCAUUUCAUAACACCCCAAGUAGAUCUAGUUGUUUUAAAGUACUUUAAUAUGAACAUAAAUUGGUUAUGUAUUCAUUGAUUGAAAUAAAAUGCGAAAAAAAGCA